AUGGGUGAUACAAACAAAAAAAUUGUGUACGUUGGUGGUUUGGCUGAAGAAAUAACUGACAAAAUUCUAAAAGCUGCGUUUAUUCCUUUCGGCGAUAUUAUCGACAUACAAAUACCACUGGAUUAUGAAUCAGAAAAACACAGGGGCUUUGCGUUUAUCGAGUUUGAAGCCACAGAAGAUGCUGGCGCGGCCGUGGAUAACAUGAACGAUGCGGAACUAUUUGGUCGAACCAUCCGGGUCAAUUUGGCGAAACCACAAAGGAUAAAAGAAGGUUCAACGAGGCCCGUUUGGUCUGAGGAUACCUGGCUUCAAAAACAUGCUGGAGAAACCAUUAAAGAUAAAGGAGAUGAUAUGGAAACAUCUAGUGAAACUACUACUACUACUAGCGUCAGUGAAUCCACAGAAGAAUCAAUUCCUAAAAAAAUCACUAACCCGCAAGUCUAUCUUGACAUUAAAAUAGGAAAAACGGAAAUAGGUCGUAUUACCAUAAUGCUGCGAGCUGAUGUAGUACCCAGAACUGCGGAAAACUUUCGUUGUCUUUGCACCCACGAAAAGGGCUACGGUUUUCAAGGAAGCAUGUUUCAUAGAAUCAUUCCAGACUUCAUGUGCCAAGGUGGCGAUUUUACCAACCACAAUGGCACUGGAGGAAAAUCAAUAUACGGUAGAAAAUUUGCUGAUGAAAAUUUCCAACUAAAGCACACAAAUCCAGGUACCUUGUCAAUGGCAAAUUCUGGACCCAACACCAAUGGAUCUCAGUUUUUUAUUUGUACAGUCAAAACCGAGUGGCUGGAUGGAAAACAUGUUGUUUUUGGACACGUUAUUAGUGGCAUGGAUGUGCUUAAGAGGAUGGAGAGGUGCGGAACAAAAGCCGGAAAGCCUACUGAUAAAGUGACAAUAGCUGCUUGUGGUGAAGUACAAUAA